AUGUUGUUCGCCGUCAUGUUCGCGGCGACGCGAUUCCUCCAAAUCGUCACCUUGAUCCCAACCAUGGGCAUGCUCGCCUGGUUCGUCGAUGGCUUCGUAAAGCGCAACGUUAUCGUCCCCGACUCUAUCCUUGUCCUCUUCAUCGUCUCCGUCCUCGCCCUCGCCUGGGCUAUCUUCACCCUCUUCAGCUAUCACCGCAGCAGCACAAAUGCACUCUUCGUCGCAGUCAUCGACCUUGGUUUCGUUGGUGCCUUCAUUGCCGCCGUCUGGUACCUUCGCGGCAUCAACUAUGUCGACUGCACAAACCUCGCACGCGACGGCCGCUGGUCUGCAAACUUCCCCGGCCUCGUCACCAUCUCUGGGCCCCGCUUCAACCUCUUCACCGAUAAGCCCUGUGCCAUGCUCAAGGCAUCUUGGGUCUUUGGCAUCAUCAACACCAUCCUCUUCUUCUUCACCGCCGUUCUCGCCUGGAUGCACGGUGACCGCCUGUCCUCCAGCUACGAGCGCAAGUCCUACCACCACGGCCGUCACCGCCGUCACCGCUCCCACAGCCACCGCUCUCACAGCCGUCGCAGCUCCCACUCUCACCGUCGCGUCUACGUUUAA